AGUUCCCACUGGAGGGUAUGAUCCUGCACCUAAUUUUCUAUCCUUUUCCCUUUCCUUUGUGUCUCGUCUGCUGUCCUUUUCAUCGCACCACGUCCCUUCAGGGGCUUUGUAGUCCUUGCAGUUCACCCUUAUUUAGUCCUGCGUAUGCGUUCCGUGUGGGUGUGUGAGUGAUUCCCUUCAAAGUGUGAGAAAAGGAUAAAUUCUUCAACAAUACACUAUAGUUUGGCCUUGUCUCCCAAUGAGUGUGCGUGGUAAAAAUGUGUGUUGUGCGUUUUGGUUUUCGCGGGAACAUAGGAUUUUUCUGAUUUGAUGUUAGUGUAAAAUGGAUAUAAGUGGACAAUGGAGUUAUUAGCAGUUGAUGAAUCGGCGUCGCGUUUCUAUUUCGGAUAAUUUAGCGUGAUGUUAAAUGAACGUAGCGGCUAUGAGUCAGAGUCGAGCGAAUAUUCAGAGGACUCGACGGUAUACGAAGAUGUACCGAUUACAACCAAAAGCUCUGGGACGAGGAAGAAUAUCAAUAGGGGAAGGUGGUCGAAGGAUGAGGACAAAAGACUCAAGAAUUACGUAAGGAUAUACAAUGAGAACUGGGAGAUGAUAUCGGCGCAGUUCUCCGAUCGGUCCGACGUCCAGUGUCAGCAGCGGUGGACGAAGGUCGUCAACCCUGAUCUAGUCAAAGGCCCUUGGACCAAGGAGGAGGACGAGAAAGUCGUAGAGUUAGUUACUAAGUACGGUCCAAAGAAAUGGACACUAAUAGCAAGGCACCUCAAAGGCAGGAUAGGAAAACAGUGCAGAGAACGGUGGCACAAUCAUUUAAAUCCGUCGAUAAAGAAAACUGCGUGGACGGAGCAGGAAGACAGGAUUAUAUACCAAGCGCACAAACAAUUAGGGAACCAGUGGGCCAGGAUUGCCAAACUACUGCCGGGCAGGACAGACAAUGCAAUAAAAAAUCACUGGAACUCCACAAUGAGGCGGAAAUACGAGCCAGACCUACUGGAUAGCUUCGAAACUCUCCGACGCAAGCAGAUGCGAACCAAGCGACCUGAGCAAGUAAGCGACGAGCGUAGAGAGAGGGUCGUAGUCGCUUUCAAUGAUUCAAGUCAGAACUGGACAGACACGUUCAACGAGUCAACUCAGAGCAACUCCUCAAGCACGAGUCAGCCGUCGAAACAAGUGUUACACUUUAGGCAAGUGUUGAAGGAUCAGCUCAACAGCUUGCAACAGCAGCCUAGAAGGGACAAGUCGCCUGACCGAGGAGGCUUGGUCGCCGCCGAUACUGUGGAGAUCGUUGAAACACCUUUUAAAUUCGUGAACAUAGAACAUCUCUCCGAUGACUCUGCUAUCAAGAAUUAUUUAAAUCAAGCAUCUACGGCCGAUAGUAAUAGCACAGUAACAUACUCGAUCCAAUCGGAAGGGAGCAAGGAGAUCGUAAUUCCCACAGUGUACCUGUCUCCAAAGAAGAGUACGGAAGCCAUUAGUCCACCGCCCAUACUGAGGCGAGGCAAGGUCAAGAGGCAGGCCGCCAUCACACACAACCCACAUGUAUGGGAGAAAGCAAUAUCAAAAGUGUUGGACGGCGCGACUCCAAUCAAGGCUCUGCCCUUCAGUCCGUCUCAGUUCCUCAACUCGCCCGCAGGACUCUCCUUCCCGACCUUCGAUACGCCUCUGAGACAUACGCAAAGUAGCAGAGAUCUAGGCGCUAGUCCACUACUUCACACUCCCACGCCCGUGAAUAUAACCCCUGAUGGAAGUCACUUCAAGACCAACACGCCAAAAACACCAACUCCUUUCAAAAUGGCGAUGGCGGAAAUAGGCAAGAAAUCCGGCCUCAAAUACGAACCGUCGAGUCCGGGUCUCCUCGUUGAAGAUAUAACGGAGAUGAUCAAACGCGAAGAGAACUCCGAUAGUACAGUACAAUUGAACGACUCUAUGCUAUCAUCCACUGCGGAACAGGAAAUUAAUGUGCAGGUGAACGAUUCGGGCAUAGGCAGCGGUCGACGCAACACGGAUAAGGAAAACAUGCCGUCGCACAAGAAAGCGCGCAAAGCGCUCGCGCAGAGCUGGGGCAACGCUACUGCUACUAGCACGCCACAUUCACACUCGCAAUCGCAAGUGCCUGACGUGUCAUUUAUCGUGGAAACGCCUAGCAAAACCCUUGCUGGAGAUAGUUCUGUACUCUUCUCCCCACCAUCCAUCGUGAAGAACUCGCUUCUAGAAGAAUCUACCAGCCUCCAUAGCUUCGAAAACACUCCGGAACCAAUGAGCAUGGAGGAAAUGGACAUAGAAAACGUUAUCUCAGAAAAAACUAAGGUACAACACAGGUCCUAUAUCCAUACUAAUCCUCUACCUAACACCCUCGAUCCCAAUUUAAUACUCUAUGAUGACAUUUACGACAACCAGACGGACUUACGACCGAAUCCUAGUGUAUUUAGAAAUAUUACUAAUAUCGAAUCCCCCAGAAGUUUCGCGAGAUUAAACGCGGAGAGGUUACGAACUAUUACAAGUUCUAAUGAGUUAGCUUGCGAUAACGGUAAUAGUUUAAGUCAUAUUAGCAAUAACGUUACUAGCGGCAAUAACGUUACAAAUAGCGGAGCAUUAAUAGCUCCUAAAGAAGUACUCGCUAAUGCGUUGGCUGAUCACAUUUAUAAAGUGACGAAUCAAAAGCCGUCGACGUCGCGUAUAGAUGAAAUAUUGACCAAUAAAGUGCUGAAAAGCAAUGAGGUUGAAAAGGAAAAUCAAUGGUGGCAGAUAGAGAAAGAAACGGACGAAUUAUACAAUGACUAUUAUAUGUUCACUAAUAAUAUGUGAAGUUUGGUAUUAUAAAAUGGGAUAUGGUAAUAAAACAUCGCUUACAGUAACAUAACGUUAUUAGUAACGUUUGUUUUGUAACGUUAUUCUAAAUAGUUACUCGAUGACUGAUACGCGAACACUGAACACGAUACCAAAAGUUACAAGAUGUUUCGCAUUACAUUGAUAAAAUAAUAAUAAUUAGGUAAUAGAAAUGUACAGGAGUAAAAACGGUUGUGAAGUAAUAUAAAUACCGAUUUGUAGUAUGUAGAUAGAUAGGUAGGUUAUAAAGACGCAAACACAUUACUGUGUUGUGGUGUGUCGUGAGUCAUGACAUGAUAGAAGGCGAUCGGAAUCUAUAUCGCAUCAGACCGAGCUCACUUUGUCACGUGAGAGAGAGAUAGAUAAGGGUUAACGCGAUAAAAAGAGAGGCGUUUAUUAAACUUUAGGCAGCAGUAGUCUUUUCGAAAUAAGCCUUAUGUACCUAUAAGCUACUAUUAAAUAUUCUGUUAUUGAAGUAUGAAGAUACCAUAGCGCUCUGGCGCGCUUUCACUGGCCAUGUAUCUAAAUGCAACUAGAUGUAGGAUUGUCAUAGAAGUGUGAGAUGUCGCUACUCCAAGCCCAUUAAAACCACCAGUGUGUGUUUUUGUAAAACCAGACGUAUUUGCUUAGCGUUAGACUUUAAUUUGGUUUGAUUUUGACGCUAUUGUAUAAAUAAUCUGCAUCACGCUGUCUCGGUAUCAAAGAUAGAAGAUACAUUUUUCUACCUAUUAAUUUUUUUUAAUUUGUGGUUGUGACACAUCACAACAGUGUAAUAUGUUUGGACCAUAAUAGCGGCUGCCGGCGGCUCUGCGUAUCUAACCUAAAAUCUUGAAAAGACAUAUAACAGAUUUUCAAAACCUGAUAAUAUGUUAUAAAAUACUAACGAAUUAUGACUAUUAAAACACAAUGAACUAACUAAUGCAUUGCAUGAUGCAACACAAUGAACUAAUGAAGAUAAUUAUUUCUUGCAUUAUCGCAAAAAUAUAAAAAACUUUUUGCCUAAAAAUAUUUGUAUUAUAUUAAUCAUUCAAUUUCUAAGUGAAUGUUUUAUUCGUUUUUCGAAAGGGUUAAUAAUUAUGAUCAAAGUUAUAAAUAUAUAAUUUUUUCUUUGUAAAAAAAGUUUUAACUUUUAGCUCAAUAAGUAUAGUUAUAAGCGCACCAAAAGAUGAGAUUAGGGCGUAGGCUACCAAAGAUGAAAUCUUCAUCAAAUGAAUAUAUCCUUGGAUUUUAAUAUAUUCAUCAUUAGUAUUAGAUUUUUUAAUUAGGUUCUACGUUUAUAAAUGUUUACCUCAAGUUUACCAUGCACCAAAUUAUUUUAGUGUUAUUAGUUUUUAGUUUCUUUAAGAAUCGUGAGUUUAAAGUUUAGGUUUGGUUUGUUUUGAAUUGUAUGAAACGAAUUGUUUCUAAAACAGAUCUGACUACGGUUACGAAAAUUUAUUUUAGCGGACUAACUUGGCGUAAUUUGAAAAUCAAGUAUCAAAAAAUCAACUAACAUGAUAAAAUUAUUAUAAAUAAUUAUUUAUUCAUAAAAACUAAAAAAAGUUAUGAUAUUGUGGCUAGUUCUGUUUUACACGAUUUGUAAACUAAAUUAAAUUGACAGGACUCAGUGUGAGAUCUAUAGAGCGCACUUGGACUUUCUUUGACUAAGACAAAGUUAAAACGAGACAGAUGUAUAUCUCUCACAUAAAUCUGUCUCGUUUUAACUCACUCUUAAGUCUGAGCAAAGUCAAAAUGCGCUCAAUAAAUCUCAGCCUAAAUCUAGUGCCAUCCUUUUCCGCAAGGAGUAUUUUGAAAGAGAUAACAGUAUAUUUCGACCUGUCUCUUUAGUUCAGAGAUUGUAUGAAAUAGAAUUAUCCGCGUUGAUUUAAAAAAAACUCGUUUAAUAAAAACAACUCGCAAUAAAUUUUACCGUAGUUCGGUUAGGGAGAAAGAUUUUGAAGUGAAUUGAAAGUAUUAAAAUUGGCUGUACGGAUAAAAAAAUCUAGAUCUAGGCUGUCGUAGUUACGGUUUUAAGUUUCAAAUACUAACUAUCCCUGUUAGGUGACCUAUCCUACCCUUGUAUUUAUUAUUGAAAGUCUAUUAAAUAGUAUUUUGCUUUGUAAUUUUGCCUGUAAAUUUUUUGUCAUUUUUUUUCUUUUAACUUAUUCGACUACCAUCGUCGUGUGUAAUGUAAUUACGAAACUAUUUAUUUUCUAUCACUUUUUCUUUGUUAAAGUAUUCACAAUUUUAAUAUAAAUCGGCAGCUACUUAAAGAGUAUUUUUUUGAAAUGAUAAAAUGGCAUAUUCCCAUAACCUGAUCCACCAUCUUGUAACCUUUACCGUACCCUUUCCAGUACAGAUAUAAAAUAGGCAGCGAUUUUUAUCCCUUCAUUUAACCAAAAGAGGAAUAAAUGGAACUAUAGUCAAGUUUACAAUCUGAAAGAGUGUCUUGGUGCUUUUUGCCAACCUCUAAUAAAUCAGUCUGCAAUUUUUUUUUUAAAUUGCUAGUAAUACUUUUAUUGUAAGCACGAAUUGAAUUUUCACAAAGCGAGAACAUUUCGCUUUUCUUUAUUAAACUUGACUAUUUCGUCUAGUUACACUUUUUUCUUGUGGUUAAUGAAAGGGAUAGCUAUAAAUCGCACAAUCUAUUUUAUAUUCCCAUCUUUCCCUGUACAAUAUUGACAGACCAGUGUUGAAUCUACAUUUUUUGAUAUUUAUUUUAAAAACUUAUUUAUUUUCUUGUUGAACAUUUUUGUUUUUCUUUUUGUUAAUAAUUUAUGUUUUUUUAAAAUGUUUUAAUUUAUUCUGUAGUGAUAGGGUUUUUUUUUGUAUUAUCACAAACUAUUCUUUGUAAGAUUAAAGUACGAAUGUGUUUAUUUCUGUUUUUUAGUUUAGUCACUGUCAAUAUUGUUAGUCCAGUCCAAAGUCCAAAUGAGACCCAAUGUCAUUUUUUAUUUCAAUAAAUGUACUUAAUAUCUAA